CAUUCCCAUUGCCAUUGGUAAUAUAAACAAAACAUACCAGAGAGGAAAAAAGCAUCCUUAGAACAAGAAAAAAGCAACAUACUUGCAUAUAUAUAGAUACACAAACUAAUAUUAUAUAAAAGCAAAUAGAAAAUCAAUACAAAAAUAUCCUCUUGUUGAAGAGAAAUUUAUGUUAGAAGAAAAAAUAAAAACAUGCAUACGAGGAAAGGCAUUGCUUUAGCAAUAACAAUAGUUGUUGUUGGAAUUCAAGCAGGCUUGUCUGAGAUCAAUAGAGCCAGUUUUCCAAAGGGCUUUGUUUUUGGAACUGCUUCUGCUGCAUUCCAGUACGAGGGAGCAGUGAAGGAGGAUGGAAGGAGACCAACUAUUUGGGAUACAUUUUCAGGGAUAAUAAUUGAUGGAAGUAAUGCUGAUGUUGCUGUAGAUCAGUACCACCGCUAUGUUGAAGAUAUACAACUGAUGAAAGACAUGGGGAUGGAUGCUUACAGGUUUUCAAUAGCUUGGUCUAGGAUAUUCCCUAAUGGUACAGGAGAAAUCAAUCAAGCUGGUGUUGAUCAUUACAAUAAUCUCAUCAAUGCUCUACUUGCUAAAGGAAUUGAACCAUACGUGACCCUUUACCAUUGGGAUCUCCCUCAAGCAUUGGAGGACAAGUACAUUGGAUGGCUCAACCGCCGAAUUAUAAAGGAUUUUGCUUUGUAUGCCGAGACAUGCUUUGAGAAAUUUGGUGACAGGGUGAAAAACUGGAUCAUAUUUAACGAACCACGUACGUUCACUGUGCAAGGCUAUUAUUCAGGAUACGAAGCACCAGGGCGCUGCUCGUCACUGUUGUGCAAGGUUGGAAACUCUACAACUGAGCCUUACAUAGUUGCCCACAAUGUUCUCCUCUCUUAUGCAACAGUUGCAGAUAGUUACAGGAGAAACUACAAGGAGAAACAAAAUGGAUCAAUUGGGAUAUCAUUGGAUGUUAAGUGGUAUGAACCGGUGACAAAUGCAACAGAGAACAUUGAAGCAACUCAAAGGGCCCAAGAUUUUCAGCUUGGCUGGUUUCUUGACCCAUUGAUCUUCGGAGAUUAUCCAAGCUCAAUGAGAAGCCAAGUAGGAAACCGUCUGCCAACUUUUACGGAAUCCGAGUCUGCACUUCUUAAGGGAUCAUUGGAUUUUGUUGGCAUCAAUCAUUACACUACAUAUUAUGCAAGCGAAAAUGCAACUAAUUCGAUUUUCGAUUUGCUUAAUGAUUGUGUCUCAGAUGCCAAUGCCUUUGCUAUACCUUUCAAAGAUGGGAAGCCUAUAGGAGAUAAGGCAAAUUCUAUAUGGUUAUACAUUGUACCUUAUGGCAUGAGAAGUGUAAUAAAAUACAUCAAGGAGAAGUACGGAAACCCUUUAGUCAUUAUCACAGAAAAUGGAAUGGAUGAUCCAAAUAACUUAUUAACCCCAGUUAAAGAUACUCUCAAGGAUGAGAAAAGAAUCAAGUAUCACAUUGAUUACUUAACUAACCUUCUUGCUGCUAUCGAGGAAGAUGGUUGUAAUGUUAAAGGGUAUUUUGUAUGGUCUCUUCUGGAUAAUUGGGAAUGGGUCGCUGGAUUCACUUCGAGAUUUGGUCUAUAUUUUGUGGACUAUAAUGAUAAUCUCAAGAGAUACCCCAAGAACUCUGUUAAAUGGUUCAAGAACUUCCUUUCAUCUGCUCGAUCAUAAAAAGUAAUAUAUGAUUCACACGAUUUGGACAUGGAUGCAUAAUAUUAUCCUUUUAAAUAUAUGGGCUUUUUAAUUGUGCAAAACAAA